CAGAUCUCUAGCCAGCGGCGCGAACGGAAGGCAGCAGUCAGUCGAGCGCGAGCGUGGUGCACGAUAAGUUGUGUAGCGAACCUGCGAGCUGGGACCUCACGCGCCCGACGCUGUAGUGGCAACCAUGACUGUGGAAGUGUGCUCCAGAGUGGGCGUGCGGGUGUCGGCCGCCCCCGGGGCCAUCAAGGACGAGUCGCAACCUGGAGGCGGCACGUCCCCCGCUCACGAGACCUCCGAGGCGCCCACGCCCAGACCCAAGUUCAUGAUCACAGACAUCCUCGCCCAACACAAGCCGCCCACCUCCACCCAGAGUGAAGGGUCAGCGCCGCCCACACCCACUAUAGAGGAGCCUAAGGACCUCAGCCUGACACGGACACACGCCGAGGACGACGACAUAGACCUGGAAGGCGACGCCAGCCACGACGAGGACGACCACGGAGAAUCAGAACACGCCGAGGUGUGCUCAGACAGCUCCGGGCCGCCGCCGUGCAAGAAGCAGCGAAAGGCGCGCACGGCCUUCACCGACCACCAGCUGCAGACGCUGGAAAAGAGCUUCGAGCGGCAGAAGUACCUGAGUGUGCAGGACCGCAUGGAGCUGGCGGCCAAGCUCAACCUGACCGACACGCAGGUCAAGACCUGGUACCAGAACAGACGAACCAAGUGGAAGCGGCAGACAGCCGUGGGCCUGGAGCUGCUGGCAGAGGCUGGGAACUACGCGGCGGUGCAGCGCAUCUACAGUGCGCCCUAUGGCUGGCCCUACCCGCCCCAGUCCUCUUCAGCCGCCGCAGCCGCUGCCGCCGCCGCCGCUCUCAGCCCCGCCGCCGCCUCAGUCGAUCUGUACUACCGCCAAGCCGCCGCAGCAGCAGCCUUACAAAAGCCCCUAGCUUAUCGACUGUACCCGCCAGGCCUGCCCAUCCUGCCUCCCCUUCACUCCGACCCCCUGAGGGACGCGCUGCGGCCCGAGGCGCUGCGGCCAGAGACCAUCCGUCCCGAGGCGCUGCGACCAGAGCUCCGCCACGACGCCCUCAGACACGAGAUGCUGCGGCAAGACCUGCGGCCUGAGACUCUCCGGCCAGAGGCGCUGAGGCCUGACGUGCUGCGUUCUCUCGCCUCCUCCAUGGCGGGCACGUCACCGCUGGCAGGCUCCUCCCUCACAGUGACUGCCUCCCUCCCCUCCUCGCCCCUCACCUCUCCCCUCACAUCCUCGGCUUCCCCCUCCCCGCUGUCCUCUGCUGGGCCGCUGCCGCCCUACUAUCGCUCCGAAGCGGCGUCUCAAGUUUAAGCCUCCCAGCCUGGUGGCUCCCUCCCCCAUCAACGUCACCACAUCGUCACCACUCAUCUCAUCACGUGCAUCACCCUCACCGCCGCCCUUCGCCCCUCAUCGCCCCGCCGCCACGGCCUGUACAUAGCUGUGUGACCAGUGCUCAGUGUAUAUAACGACAAUUACUGUGAAUGCAUCGUCCACCACUACGCGGUCCCGCCGCCCGCCGCCCUGUGCCCUCCUCCCCUCACUCUCUGGCAUGGGACGGGAAGCAUGUUGCGUUCCGCCCACGCGCCCCUGCCGCCCUGUAUUCUCCCCGACUCCUGUGUGCUGUGCUGUCACCCACGCACAGCUCCCGCCGCCCACCACUGCACCCACCCACCUCAAUGUACCCAGGGUAGGAAACACUCUCUCUCUCUCUCUCUCUCUCUCUCUCUCUCUCUCUUACACGCAUCGCAGUACAACGCACGAUAUCAUUAAUAAAUACUCUUAUUUGUAAAAUUGCUGUACAAACAAACACAUUGGCCAUAAAUGUGAUAUUACCAUUUAGUUUGCCGGCCUGCGUGUGUCAGGUGUACAGAAGGCAGGUGCGGCGCAUAGGUGUAGUCACGUAGGUCCUCAGAGUUCCCAGGAGCAGGUGUGUCGCCCGCCGCCAUCUCUCGCUCCUUGUAUUUUGAUGUAAAGUUAAUAAAAAUAAACUUACAGGUGUUU